GCGGGAGCCGCUCCUAUGGCAACCCGCGAGCUGCGGCGGCUUCAUGAAUAUUCCGGGGCGCGGGAGCCCGAGCGCUGCCGGAGGGCGCUCCGGGGGAGGCGGCCGCUGAUGUAAGCCCGGCGGGUCGCUGGGCUCCGCUCGGCUGCGGCGGCAGCCCCGGGACGGGUCGGACGGGCCGGGGCAGAGGAGGCGAGGCGAGCUCGCGGGUGGCCAGCCACAAAGCCCGAGCGGCGAGACAGACGGACAGCCAGCCCUCCGGCGGGACGCACGCCCGGGACCCGCGCGGGCAGUGCGCUCUGCACUCCGGAGCGGUUCCCCGAGCGCCGCGGCCGCAGAGCCUCUCCAGCCGGCGCCCAUUGUUCCCCGCGGGGGCGGGGCGCCUGGAGCCGGGCCGCGCGCCGCGCCCCUGAACGCCAGAGGGAGGGAGGCAAGGAGGGAGCGCGGGGUCCCCGCGCCCAGCCGGGCCCGGGAGGAGGUGUAGCGCGGCGAGUCCGGGAAUUCGGAGCGGGACUAGGAGCCUCCCCGCGGCGCGCAGCCUGCCCGAGCAUGGGCGCCUGAGGCGGCCCCCACGCCGGCGGCGAAGGACGCGUCCCCACGGGCGGACUGACCGGCGGGCGGACCUGGAGCCCGUCCGCGGCGCCGCGCUCCUGCCCCUGGCCCGGUCCGACCCCGGCCCCUGGCGCCAUGGACAAGCUGCCGCCGUCCAUGCGCAAGCGGCUCUACAGCCUCCCGCAGCAGGUGGGGGCCAAGGCGUGGAUCAUGGACGAGGAAGAGGACGCCGAGGAGGAGGGGGCCGGGGGCCGCCAAGACCCCAGCCGCAGGAGCAUCCGGCUGCGGCCACUGCCCUCGCCCUCGCCCUCGGCGGCCGCGGGUGGCACGGAAUCCCGGAGCUCGGCCCUCGGGGCAGCGGACAGCGAAGGGCCGGCCCGCGGCGCGGGCAAGUCCAGCACGAACGGCGACUGCAGGCGCUUCCGCGGGAGCCUGGCCUCGCUGGGCAGCCGGGGCGGCGGCGGCGGCGGCGGCACGGGGAGCGGCAGCAGUCACGGACACCUGCAUGACUCCGCGGAGGAGCGGCGGCUCAUCGCCGAGGGCGACGCGUCCCCCGGCGAGGACAGGACGCCCCCAGGCCUGGCGGCCGAGCCCGAGUGCCCCGGCGCCUCGGCGCAGCCCGCAGCCUCGCCGCCGCCGCCCCAGCAGCCACCGCAGCCGGCCUCCGCCUCCUGCGAGCAGCCCUCGGCGGACACCGCUAUCAAAGUGGAGGGAGGCGCGGCCGCCGGCGACCAGAUCCUCCCGGAGGCCGAGGUGCGCCUGGGCCAGGCCGGCUUCAUGCAGCGCCAGUUCGGGGCCAUGCUCCAACCCGGGGUCAACAAAUUCUCCUUAAGGAUGUUCGGCAGCCAGAAAGCCGUGGAGCGCGAACAGGAGAGGGUCAAGUCGGCCGGAUUUUGGAUUAUCCACCCCUACAGUGACUUCAGAUUUUACUGGGACCUGACCAUGCUGCUGCUGAUGGUGGGAAACCUGAUCAUCAUUCCUGUGGGCAUCACCUUCUUCAAGGAUGAGAACACCACACCCUGGAUUGUCUUCAACGUGGUGUCAGACACAUUCUUCCUCAUCGACUUGGUCCUCAACUUCCGCACAGGGAUUGUGGUGGAGGACAACACAGAGAUCAUCCUGGACCCGCAGCGGAUUAAAAUGAAGUACCUGAAAAGCUGGUUCAUGGUAGAUUUCAUUUCCUCCAUCCCCGUGGACUACAUCUUCCUCAUUGUGGAGACACGCAUCGACUCGGAGGUCUACAAGACUGCCCGGGCCCUGCGCAUUGUCCGCUUCACGAAGAUCCUCAGCCUCUUACGCCUGUUACGCCUCUCCCGCCUCAUUCGAUAUAUUCACCAGUGGGAAGAGAUCUUCCACAUGACCUACGACCUGGCCAGCGCCGUGGUGCGCAUCGUGAACCUCAUUGGCAUGAUGCUCCUGCUGUGCCACUGGGACGGCUGCCUGCAGUUCCUGGUACCCAUGCUACAGGACUUCCCUGACGACUGCUGGGUGUCCAUCAACAACAUGGUGAACAACUCCUGGGGGAAGCAGUACUCCUACGCGCUCUUCAAGGCCAUGAGCCACAUGCUGUGCAUUGGCUACGGGCGGCAGGCGCCCGUGGGCAUGUCCGACGUCUGGCUCACCAUGCUCAGCAUGAUCGUGGGUGCCACCUGCUACGCCAUGUUCAUUGGCCACGCCACUGCCCUCAUCCAGUCCCUGGACUCCUCCCGGCGCCAGUACCAGGAAAAGUAUAAGCAGGUGGAGCAGUACAUGUCCUUCCACAAGCUCCCGCCCGACACCCGGCAGCGCAUCCACGACUACUACGAGCACCGCUACCAGGGCAAGAUGUUCGAUGAGGAGAGCAUCCUGGGCGAGCUGAGCGAGCCCCUGCGGGAGGAGAUCAUCAACUUUAACUGUCGGAAGCUGGUGGCCUCCAUGCCACUGUUUGCCAACGCAGACCCCAACUUUGUGACGUCCAUGCUGACCAAGCUGCGUUUCGAGGUCUUCCAGCCCGGGGACUACAUCAUCCGGGAAGGCACCAUCGGCAAGAAGAUGUACUUCAUCCAGCAUGGCGUGGUCAGCGUGCUCACCAAGGGCAACAAGGAGACCAAGCUGGCUGACGGCUCCUACUUUGGAGAGAUCUGCCUGCUGACCCGGGGCCGGCGCACAGCCAGCGUGAGGGCCGACACCUACUGCCGCCUCUACUCGCUGAGCGUGGACAACUUCAAUGAGGUGCUGGAGGAGUACCCCAUGAUGCGAAGGGCCUUCGAGACCGUGGCGCUGGACCGCCUGGACCGCAUCGGCAAGAAGAACUCCAUCCUCCUCCACAAAGUCCAGCACGACCUCAACUCCGGCGUCUUCAACUACCAGGAGAAUGAGAUCAUCCAGCAGAUUGUGCAGCAUGACCGGGAGAUGGCCCACUGCGCGCACCGCGUCCAGGCUGCUGCCUCUGCCACCCCAACCCCCACACCCGUCAUCUGGACCCCGCUGAUCCAGGCACCACUGCAGGCUGCCGCUGCCACCACUUCUGUGGCCAUAGCUCUCACCCACCACCCUCGCCUGCCUGCUGCCAUCUUCCGCCCUCCCCCAGGAUCUGGGCUGGGCAACCUCGGUGCCGGGCAGACGCCAAGGCACCUGAAACGGCUGCAGUCCCUGAUCCCUUCUGCGCUGGGCUCCGCCUCGCCCGCCAGCAGCCCGUCCCAGGUGGACACGCCGUCUUCAUCCUCCUUCCACAUCCAACAGCUGGCUGGAUUCUCUGCCCCCGCCGGACUGAGCCCACUCCUGCCCUCAUCCAGCUCCUCCCCACCUCCCGGGGCCUGUGGCUCCCCCUCGGCUCCCACACCAUCAGCUGGCGCAGCCGCCACCACCAUAGCCGGGUUUGGCCACUUCCACAAGGCGCUGGGUGGCUCCCUGUCCUCCUCCGACUCUCCCCUGCUCACCCCACUGCAGCCAGGCGCCCGCUCCCCGCAGGCUGCCCAGCCACCUCCCGUGCCACCCGGGGCCCGGGGAGGCCUGGGACUCCCGGAGCACUUCCUGCCACCCCCACCCUCAUCCAGAUCCCCGUCAUCUAGCCCUGGGCAGCUGGGCCAGCCUCCCGGGGAGUUGUCCCUAGGUCUGGCCACUGGCCCACUGAGCACGCCAGAGACACCCCCACGGCAGCCUGAGCCGCCAUCCCUUGUGGCAGGGGCCUCUGGGGGGGCUUCCCCUGUAGGCUUUACUCCCCGAGGAGGUCUUAGCCCCCCUGGCCACAGCCCAGGCCCCCCAAGAACCUUCCCGAGUGCCCCACCCCGGGCCUCUGGCUCCCACGGAUCCUUGCUCCUGCCACCUGCAUCCAGCCCCCCACCGCCCCAGGUCCCCCAGCGCCGGGGCACGCCCCCCCUCACCCCCGGCCGCCUCACCCAGGACCUCAAGCUCAUCUCCGCGUCUCAGCCAGCCCUGCCUCAGGACGGGGCCCAGACUCUCCGCAGAGCCUCCCCGCACUCCUCAGGGGAGUCCGUGGCUGCCUUCCCGCUCUUCCCCAGGGCUGGGGGUGGCAGCGGGGGCAGUGGGAGCAGCGGGGGCCUCGGUCCCCCUGGGAGGCCCUAUGGUGCCAUCCCUGGCCAGCACGUCACUCUGCCUCGGAAGACAUCCUCAGGUUCUUUGCCACCCCCUCUGUCUUUGUUUGGGGCAAGAGCCACCUCUUCUGGGGGGCCCCCUCUGACUGCUGGACCCCAGAGGGAACCUGGGGCCAGGCCUGAGCCAGUGCGCUCCAAACUGCCGUCCAAUCUAUGAGCUGGGCCCUUCCUUCCCUCUUCUUUCUUCUUUUCUCUCCCUUCUUCUUCCUUCAGGUUUAACUGUGAUUAGGAGAUAUACCAAUAACAGUAAUAAUUAUUUAAAAAACCACACGCACCAGAAAAACAAAAGACAGCAGAAAAUAACCAGGUAUUCUUAGAGCUAUAGAUUUUUGGUGACUUGCUUUUAUAGACUAUUUUAAUACUCAGCACUAGAGGGAGGGAGGGGGAGGGAGUAGGGAGCAGGCAGGUCCCAAAUGCAAAAGCCAGAGAAAGGCAGAUGGGGUCUCCGGGGCUGGGCAGGGGCGGGGGUGGCCAGUGUUGGCGGUUCUUAGAGCAGAUGUGUCAUUGUGUUCAUUUAGAGAAACAGCUGCCAUCAGCCCCUUAGCUGUAACGUGGAGCUCCACUCUGCCCCCAGAAAGGGGCUGCCCUGGGGUGUGCCCUGGGGAGCCUCAGAUGCCUGCAACCUUUGGGAGAAAAGGGCCAGGGCCCUGAGGGCCUAGCAUUUUUUCUACUGUAAACGUAGCAAGAUCUGUAUAUGAAUAUGUAUAUGUAUAUGUAUGUAAGAUGUGUAUAUGUAUAGCUAUGUAGCGCUCUGUAGAGCCAUGUAGAUAGCCACUCACAUGUGCGCACACGUGUGCGGUCUAGUUUAAUCCCAUGUUGCCAGGAUGCCCAGGUCACCUGACACCCAGCAAUCCACCUUGCCCACAGGCUGUGCACUGCAUGGUCUAGGGACGUUCUCUCUCCAGUCCUCAGGGAAGAGGACCCCAGGACUUCGCAGCAGGCCCCCUUUCUCCCCAUCUCUGGUCUCAAAUCCAGUCCCAGCCUGACCUCUCACCACACGGAAGUGGAAGACUCUCCUUUCCUAGGGCCUCAAGCACACCCCGCCACCUCUGGGGCCGUCAGUUUGCCCAUCUGUACAGUGGGAGGUGAGGGGAACUUCUGCUUAUUGAGUCUGCUCUGUGACAAGCACUGGUUUCGCACUUUACACACAUUAACUCCUUCAGUUUCACAAAGACCUUGGGGUGGAUACUUUGAUUCUCCCCAUUUAGCAGAUGAAGAAACAGUUUUGGGUAAUUUUUCCAGAAUCAUGUAACUAGGAGUGGCAGAGUGGGGACUGAUUUGAGGUUCAAAUCCACGCCUGCUUGAGGCCCAAGUCUGUGUUCCUUCCAUCAGAAAACUGUGUUGAGGUGGGCUGAGGUAGAUGGUCCCCAAGCAUGGUGCAGAAGGAAGACACCAGAUUUUGGCAGCAAUCAGGCCUGGGUUUGAAUCCCAGCCCUGCCACUUCUUAGCUGUAUGAUCUUGGGCAAGUUAUCUGACCUUUCUGUCACCUCAUUUGUAAAAUGGGAAUAAUUAUGGUACCGCCUCACAAGGACCUAUGAGGACCAGAUGAGAAAAAUCUAUAUGUGAAAUGCCCAGCCCAGCGCCUGGCACAUACCAUGGUAGGUGCUCAAUAAAUCACAUUUCUUCUGCCCCUCAUAUGCCCAGCCUAUUGCUCCAGCAAACUAUGUGAGAGCCUAGGGAGCUUUGGCUGAGGGCUCCAAGACUUAAAAUCUCAGGACUCAGGAGGUGGCUGGGCCUCCCUAAGGGCCCAAGGAAGGUGUGUGGUCAGAGGUGGGUGGGAGCCAGGCCUUGAGAAGUGGGAAGACUUCAACAGGGAGAGCGGGAGGGAAUGGUGGGUGGGAUGGAGUGUAUAGCGGGGAGAUUCCUGAGGUGGAUGUGGAGUGGUGGAUCAGGGCUUUGGGAGGGGAUCCCCAGGCUGAGGGGUCAGAGGGAUGGCCUUGGGUGAUAGGCUAAGGGAUUGACUGGGCUUGGUCCUGGCAACUAGGAGCCAUAAGCAGGUUCCAGAUUGCGGGAACGAGAAAGCAGCUCAGAUGCCUUUGGAGGCACCAUCCUCCCUUCUCCCAGAUGGGAUCCUGCCAGAGUCAAGGUCAGGGGUCUGCCCCUGCCUAUAGGGCCAGAGCAGGUAUGGCUGCAAUCCCCAAAUAAUGAGAAGGGCUGGUCCCACAUUAUCCGUCCAGAACCUUCCAUGCUCCAAGCCAGAAUGUUGGCAAGAUCGGGUUUUGCCUUGAGCUAUCCUGGGAUGUGAGACAAACCGAUUUCUCCAUAGAUGGGCUGCAGGGAGUGGGAGAAGGUACUCCAGGAGAGAAGUGGGUGAAGGUUCCUGGGAUCUUAGGUAAAGACUAGACGCCGCCUAGUACUGGCCUCUACUGUGCUGGCUCAGGAGUUCUGAGAACUGGAAGGACUUAGCCUCAACCUGAGUUCUGCACACACCCCUUCCCCUUAAGGAAGGCAGCUCUGAGAGGCAGCAGGACUUGAUCCAAACCCACAGUCUUGUCCUGGAGGCAGCAGGGGUGAAGGUGGAGGGUCCAGGGCCAUGCGGAGCCCCCUUGCCAUCAGAGCCUGGCCUAACCACCCUCUUCUCUACUACACACACGUGCAUUUUGUAAUAGCUCUGACCCAACCUGGCCACUCUGCAGAUACUGGGACAGACAGCUGCAGGCAAUGGGCCCUCCCACACCCAGUCACCUACAAGGAAUUUUCAAAUCCACUUUUAAAACAGAAACCGGUAAAUGCGCCGUAUUGUAUAUUUUAUUUAAAUAAAAAAAAUUCCAGCAGAUGCUACCUUCUUCUAGGGGCCAGGGAUAGGGGUUGGGGGUGAGGUCAUUGGGAAAUCCUGGAGUCUUGGGAACUCGGGUGUGGAAGGCAGGGGACAUGGCCCAGAGGGCACAUGUGGGCACCUGUGUAUGUGCGAACCUGUGCCUGUAAGAGCAUGGAGCUGUGUUCUGUGCAUAGAGGUGUGCACGGGGGAUGUGCAAGGUGUGGCUAUGGACACAGGUGUGCACGUGCUUAUGGACUGGUGAGAAUCAUUAAGGAGGAGGGUGAGAGCGAGUGGGCAUAUGUGCUUUGCUAGUGGAGGGGAGAAACGCAGGAGUGGGGGAGGUGUGAGACCCUUCCCACUCCCCACUGCCAGGGCUGGCUGAGGAGGAGGGUGGUGAAUGUGCACCUGGGCUCCAUCCAGCUAGAUACUGAAG